UUUAUAUUUUUACAUGUUGGGAGGUCUUAUUUUACGCACUGAAAGAGUUUUUUCCCAGCGCGAUUCAGCAAUCCUCUCGCGGGACCCGGACCCAUUUUGUCCGGUACGAGUUGUGCGAGCUGUUACCCCAUGAUCGGGUACAACAAACCCCAGACCGAAUAAUGUUUGGUCCCAUAGAUGUAGCACGGAGUAUUCUACUCCUCGCCAGCAGUGCGGUUCUGUGCAGAUGUUUGACCUUUACUGGUCCGGGUACGACCCCUGACCUGGAGGUCAUAUUCAAAGGAAGAUGUGCAGAAUACAUAGGAGGUCAUGUUUAUCCACAUGUGGAUUCUGAAGAACUCAGAACGAAAAAUUGCACGUUGUUAUGGGAGUUAUUUCUCGAAGCUUUCGUGUACCGCGACCCAUGUAAUGUCACGCUGGACAUGUACGCAGACUUCGUCAAUGAAGCCGCAACAAGUAUACCAGCUAACCAAGCGGUAUACUGGGAUGGUUUUGACGUAUACUCUGACGUCAGAUCUUACGUCAAUGACGGCCACCGUGGUUUGACUCUUGAGUUCACACUGGUUGGCUACAUUAUGAACGGCUAUCUGUACUUCUGUGGCCAGACCGAAUAUCCAGGCAUAAAGUAUGACUCGUGCCCACAGAAGGGCGAUUGUGGCGGCGACUUCCCUGAAGGUUCUAUCGAUGCUUUCUGGGCUGCUGCUUCUGUAUACUUUGGAAAGUACGGCGCCGGUAAAGUGAAGUUCAUUGUCAACAGCAACAGACCUGGAGGUGCAUUCCACACAAACGACAGUUUUUUUGCGCAGUACGAAGUGGUAAACAUGGAUUCAUCGAAAAUCAGUCUUAUGGAAAUCUACAUAAUAACGUUCCUUGAGGAAACACCAGGUGAAACUUGCGAAUCUCAGUCCAUAGAGACACUACGGUCAAUGCUCGAUGACAGAGGCAUUUCGUCUACAUGCACGCUGCAGCCCGAAGACGUGCUCCAUAUGUUUUGUGCUGACAACCCGACGGCAAAGGAUUGUGCAUUUGCCGCCUCCCAGUCUUCAAAAAAGGCACUGCGUCAUGAAAUCUCCCGAAUAGGAAUGGCGUUUGGUGCUGUCUUCGUGUACAUUUUUCAUGUAAAAUCCAUUAGCCUUUAAUUGUUUAAGCCUAUCACUGUUUUUAAUGUGCACUGUUUUAUUAUUGUUCGGUUGGACCACAUUACGUUGUAAUGGCGGUGUGUAAGGGAAACUUGUCUUGGCUGCCCAUACAAGAAAUUAACGUGCGUGGGCUGAAUGGAGAGGAUGAUUCAAAAGAGG